GUGGGUAAUAUUGAAACCAGGACCUUGCACAAGACAGAAUAAUAAUCAACCAAUCCUGGCUAAGGAUUUGUCAGAACAAUUUAUAGCACAUAACUUUCGACACUCUUAACAAGCAGGCUUGCUAUUUUACACUAUGGCGGUUUUCGGGAAGUUUUAUGUUGAUGCAUUGCUCUGCAUGGCUGUGCUGCUUGUCAGUUACAGAGGUAUUACAGCUCAAAAUAUGCAGUGUGCCACUAAAGCCAUGAGUUGCCUCACCCAAUUUCAAAGUGCAAUUACGGGGAAGGACCAGAACGACAAAGAUGCGCUCUGCAGCGGUGUAUCGAAUUACUUGACAUGCACAGAAAAUGUAUUGAAGGAAUGCGGUUCACAGGACAACGAUAUGUUGGAUAAAGCCAGGAAAGACAUGGAAAAAUAUGAAUGUUCUGGAGCAGGGCUUCCCGUGAUCAGCAUGUUAUGUCUUGUAGUGGCCGCGCUCUUCCAUGUGAUAUAUUAACAUUUUGACAUGCUUACUAUUUUUAAUCACCAGUAAAGUAUAGUUCAGUAACAUGCCUCCAACAUUUAAGUUUAUGUUGUAGAAUUCAUACUUAUAAAGUGUGAAUUUUUUUUUUUAUAGAUAUGCAAUUAUCCAUCAAUUUACACAGAUAUGAUAAGAAAUGUAUCAUUUUUAAGCUUUCAAUUUGAUGUAAAUUCAUAUUUUACAUGUAUACAUUGCGAUUUUUAUGCGUUAUCGAUUACCUCAACUUCGUAUCUAUGAGCAUUAGUGUAAACCCGAGUCUUCCUAAUAAAAGAUACAAAAGAGAAA